UAAACGGUCGCGUAGUGUCACCAGCGUAUAUAAAAAGUUGCUCCUGAGCGAGAUUACCAACCUUAAACCGCCUUAAACUUAACAUAUCGACUACUUAUAUUUAAAAAAAAAUAUUUUAAACAAUUUUAAAAUCAUUUAUAUGUUUUUUUAAAGUAUUUUAUUUCCCGAAAAACAUCCUGUAACCGCUUCGUCGCUCGUCAGUUGUUGGACUACAACCCGGAUGUGACGUCAUAUCUUGCAGCCUCGUCGUUUGAAACAGUUGGCGGUCAAACCUGUGGAGCUCUGUGUUCGCUGUGAUGGCCCCUCUCAAGUUUGUCAUAAAGUGUGGGAACUUUGCCGUGCUGGUGGAUCUCCACGUUCUGCCCCUGGGCGGCCAAGUGGACGCCAGCUGGUUUACUACGGACCACGUCGAGGAGGUGACGGCCCUGGUUCGAGACGCAGUGGACCAGAGAGUGAAGCAGUACGCCGACUCGCUGCACAAUAGGAAGCAGGCCAAACAGAAGAAGGAGCUGGCACCUGCUGCAGCUUUGUCUGCAGAAGGGAAGAGCUUCAGCCUCGUCGCCAACUUCCUAAAGAGGCACUUCAACCUCCGCUGCAUCGUGAAGCAGCUCUACGGAGAUUUGCGUGUGUUUCCUGAACGCUAUGUUGUGUGUGUGAGCCGAUCGGAGGAUGCCUCAGCGCUCCAUGGAAACCCGAGCCUGGCCGCGGCCGAGCUGAAGGAACAAAGCACAUCAGAAUAUUUUUCCAGAGCGGGAGAAACCCAAGAGGCUUUAAACAGCUGCACAAAAACAAAGAAGACUGCUCUUCAGAAGAUAGCCAAACAAGCCAGCGUCCAGCGAGAGCUCUACGGCUCCAUGACGGGGGAGCAGCUGAUUGACCAAAGAGACAGACUGAAAGGGGAAUUAAGAGAAUCAAACCCGAAGGAGACGGCGUCCAGCUCGGAAAGGACGGCAGCAGACCACGAGGAGCCGUUCCCAAGAGCCUUAAAUGAAGCUGUCGCUCAGUCUGCGACUACUCGAAAGCAAGAGAGUCUUCCAGACAGAGUCAGCCCACAUAAGGCCUCUUUAGUCGACUUGAAACUCAGUCAGGAGACGAGCAAGAGCAAGAGGAGCAAGCCAAGUGAUGCAGGGGAAGACCUUCACCCACAGAGGGCCAAGAGGACGUGUCUUGGAAGACCUCCAGGCACGAUGCAGACCCGCUCCAACGAGGGCUCCUCGCAAACAUCCAAGCAUGACCUUCUUCCUCUGCAGCCCCUUCCUCCCGCCGAAGCCGGGGCAGAGGCAGAGUCCAAGGCUUUCCCAGUCUCAGAGUGCAGCGAAACCACACUGGAAGUCGAGCUGCUUACUCCAGGGAAACAGGCCCAGAGGCUCCCCCUCACAAGCAAUAACACGGCACAGACAAACCAAAACAGGCUGGCCGCAAGUCUGAGGGGCCUAUCUGUCAAGCCUGCAUCCUCAGGCUCCUCUAUUAGUUCCAGAUCCACACUCGGAGAGGAGGGGAGUGAAAAUGUGCCCAGAACCUCCAGAUUACGACGACAGAAGAGGUCCUGAGGGGGGGAGAGGCGCUCUACAGUAAAGAUGCCUGACGCCACAGAGAUAGAGAUGAUAUUGUGUCAGGCUGCAUGUUUACUCCAGAUGCAUGUACGCCAGGCUUUUGUACAUGUGUCACAUUUUAACUGCAACAUCUAUUCUUUUCACAUGUGCAGCACAGCCACACACACACACACACACACACACACACACACAUCAAACACUGAGUGCAGUAUGGCAGACGAUACGUGAGCAUUUCUGUUCUGCUUUGUCAAAUAUUUGAAUCAGACUCGGCCUCCACCCAUAAGUAGCCGUGGUCAAGAGAGGCUCGCGAAUGAAAGUCAGAAAGCUUUAAUUGGAGUUUAGAUUUGGUUUUGUGUCAGAGAUUGGGGAUUUCAGACAGGCAGGAGCCAUGCAGUACGUCAUGGCUCUGAAACUCUGAAGCUCUGGCUCCUACGUGUCUGAAAACUGUCCGGUCUCCCCGCUGAAGCUCUGCGCUGAUUGAUUGCUGUUUCCAGAAAUAUUUCAUCACCCCUGCUCUCAAGAAAUCUACUCUUGUUGUUUCAUUUCAUCCUUACACAAUUUGCUCAGCGCUUACCUGAAAUGGAUCCUUAAAUUUGAAGCUAUUAUCCCCCCCCCCCUCCCCUCCUCCUCCUUUUGUUUUAUUGAGUUUGAACCCAGCAUGUUUGGGCGUACGAUGAGCUUUGUGGUUUUGUUUUGGAAACAGCAGGUCGUCUACGGUAUCGCAGGUUGAGAUGUAGCGGCUGUCAUCGCAGGGCUGCUGGAGCGUGGAGCAACCCGGGCAACAGUCCCAAUUUAAACCCGAACAUAAUGACAUAACUGUGUUUUAAUCACUGGAAAGACGUUUUAACAUGUAAAUAAAUUGGUUUUUCCCAAACAUGAA